UGGCUCUCGCUCUCAAAUCCUCUCGCCUCUGAUCUGCGCCGAAAACGCAGUGCAAACCCCCGAGGAAGCACGUCAAAUUCCGUCCUCUGAGUUGAAAACACAGGAACGAACGCACAGCACAGAGCAGUACGGUAUCUCCCACUCCGGCAGUUAUCGGACAACUUUCGAGCAGAAAACAGGAAGCAGAAGGAGUCUCUAGAAGCUGCAACCGGUUUUCUUCUUGCAACUUCCUCUGUUGCCUGGGACGGUGGAGGGUCAUACUGGCUAUACGGAGUCCUAUGGACAUUGUCCCUUGUCUCACCCUAGGAGGCUCCAGGCGGCAACGAGAAGAGGCAGAAGCGGCUGGCAUAGGAGAAGCUCUCAACGCCUUGUAUUGGUUGCAGUAGCCUCGAUUGUGCUGCGUGGGAAAAUUCACCGGAGACUGUGCAUUUCCCAAUGCCACCGGCAGUCGCAACAGAAGCUCCAAUCCAACCGCAGCAGCAACGGCAGCAUCUCCCUUCGAAGGGAAAACAGGCAGUAGCGAACGGAGUCCCUCUUCCCACUCCUUCUGUUCCAGCGACGACUGCAGUCAACAGCAUGACUUCCCACGUCGCUCCGGCAGCUACACCGACAGGCGUUUCAGAAAACAGGCCCUCGAAUGGUCCACAAGUGCCAGUGCCACCACCACGACCCGAGGUACCAAAGCAUACACCAGCAAUACCGAAAUAUACAGGACACUAUUGUCCGCAUCACCCGCCUAACGGCGCACGCAUUCAUUCGCAACACUCGCACGCAGACCAACAACGACCACCACCGCCAGAUCAUCAACACCAUCACCACCACCAUCAUCCACACCAACACACCCACGCCGACGAUCAUGGUCAUCAGCAUGGAGCACAGGCGGUAGGGCAGCAGGCCAAUACAGCCGCGGUGAAGAAGAAUGGCAAACCGCAGAAGAAGCCUUUGGCGCCUGAGGAACUAUCGAAUAUGAUUCAAUCGAAGAUCACACAGCUUGAGAAUGAGUCGAGCUUGGAAGAAGAGGAGGAGAAGGCUAUGGCGAAAGCCAUCAAAAAGGCGUCGAAGGACAUGACACAGUUGAUGGAAGGGCAGUCUGGAUCUGAGCAGCUGGAAGUCAUACAUUCGAAAUACAUGGAUUUGUUUCAAGAGAACAAGCGACUGGAGCGCGACCAUGUCAGGCUGAAGCAGAAGAUGGAUCAAUGCGCAAAGGAGAAGGAUUCUUCCAAAGCGGAAGUCACGAAGUUGACGAACCAGAAGCAAAAGAUUGAGACCUUAUGCCGCGAGCUGCAGAAGGAGAACAAGCGCGUCAAGGAGGAAAGCAAACGCCUUGCGAUAACGGAGCAGCACAAGCGGGAAGAGCUAUCGUCCAAAUUCGAAAGCACGAUAUGGGAGAUCAAGUCGAAGAUGGAGGAGGACAGUGAUGAGAAGAAGCGGAGGGCGGAAGACAGCGAAAUGUUGAAAGACAAGUUCAAAAACUUUUUGGAGCAAUACGAACUCCGCGAAAAGCACUACAACCAGAUGGUGAAAUCCCGCGAGAUAGAGAUACAACUCCUCGAGGCGAAACUCGAGCAGCAGCGGCGGAUCAACGACGAAGAAAUCGGCAAAUCGGGCGCUUUGAAGGCUCAAGUGUCGUCUUUCGUCAAGACGGAGACGGAUUUGAGGAAACAACUGGCGAUUUACGUUGACAAGUUCAAGCAGGUCGAGGAGACGUUAAACAAAAGCAACGAGCUGUUCAUCACAUUCCGGCGGGAGAUGGAGCAAAUGACGAAAAAGACGCGAAAACUGGAGAAGGAGAAUUCAACCUUCAAGCUCAAAUGCGAUAAGAUGAAUAAGAACAUUCUAGAGAUGGCUGAGGAGCGAACAAGGAACCAAAAGACAUUCGAAUCAACCACAACCGCGAAAACCAAACUCGAAAACCUCUGCAGGGCGCUCCAAACAGAACGCAACACAUUACUACGACGCAUAGAGCAGUACGAACCCCCACCGCGGACGACCCAAGCACCACCGACCACGCAAGCCCCGCCGACCACACUAGCAACCCCGACCAAACAGGCACCACCGCCACCGCCGCCACCUCCACCUCCACCACCACCACCGCUCACUUCAGCAGCACGACGAGGACCAGAUGCAGCAUACGGGAAACCGAAUGGCAGCAUGCCAGCCAUAUUACGCGGACAGACUGCAAGCGGGGACGGAAAAGGCUCGGGGUCAGGAGCAGCGGGGAAAAUAUAGCAGGACUCGGAUGAUGACUUCAUGCCCCCUUACCUGUCAUUUCGCACCCGUCAUCACCCCUUUGUACAGGUUCUGCACAUCCCUCUCAUGCGCCUACCUCCCUUGUAAGAUGUGACCUUUGGGAUUUUUACAUAUUUUGUGGAUAGCUGGUGUAUAUUAUGGAUAUCUGGCGAGGGAAUGAUCGAGUCAUUGGUAGGUUCGCCUCCGCGCGAUGGUGGGAAUU